AUGCGUUUCGGUACUUCGUCUACGCUGUGUGCGCUCGUCGCUGUUGGUGGAGCAUAUGCGUCGGUGCUGCCGCGCGUGCUCGACUCGUACGAUCUGGGCAUGCCCGUGCUGGAGCGCGAGGUGCCCGUGCUGCAGUGCGACUCGCAGCCGCUGCACGUGGGCCAGCUCAAGCUCGUCUCGUCCGCCGGUCGUGAGGUGAGCGCCGCCUUCGAGGGUCUGCGCGACGCCGACGGCUUCCAGCAACUCGACGUGCAAAAGGCAGGCCAGCCGGCGCGCUACGAGAACUUUGCCUUCACCCAGUGCAACUCGACCUUCAUGGCGUACCAGCCCGAAGCCAACAAGGCGGCCGAGGUGUUCUACGGCCGUCUGCAGCCCGCCCACCUGGUCGGCAAGCGCUGCGUGGCGGCCGACUACCUGGCCAAGGCAGACUCGAGGCUGAUUGCGGACAAGUGCAACCCUUCGGACGACUCGGGCCAGCUGCUGCAGUUCUGGAGCCUCACCAAGCAGCCUGCUGCCGAGGAGGGCAAGUUCCAGUACUAUGUCAACUUCCUCGGCCAGCCCGACGGCCAGAGCGCCGACUUCCCCGGCGGCUACACGCUCAGCAAGGCCAACGUAGGCGCCAACAAGCUCGUGCGUCUCGCGCACAACCAGGAUGCCGGCAAGCCCAGCGCCUUCUUCCUCAAGCUCGCGUGA